CUCCCUGGGUCUAGCACUUGAGUUGUUAACCCGACGAGCGAUAAACAAUUCUCUUGAAGUACUUCUUAUACUUUUUAAUAUACAAGCCAGUCAGUAAUUGAUUUGGUUUAUGAGAGUUCACUUGAGGUUAUUUCUCAUUGAGGAUAUGCUACGAGAAUUGAUUCUUUUAUGCUGAGUAUCGUCAUUGUACCGUUUGAUACUUCAUUCAUGGAAUCAUAGGAGUGAUGGAGUACAGUGGAAGAAAUUUCAAUUUUUCAGAUGUUUUGCUUGUGGAAUGGAGAAUGGCUACAGAGUGUACAACUGUGAUCCCCUGAAGGAAAAGGAGAGACAUGACUUUAAUGAUGGGGGGCUUGGAUAUGUAGAGAUGCUUUUUAGGUGUAAUUAUCUGGCACUUGUCGGAGGGGGUAGUAAACCCAUUCAUCCAACGAAUAGAGUUGUAAUAUGGGAUGACUUGAAGAAAGUACCAGCAAUCACACUAGACUUCAACGCCCCAGUGAAAGGAGUUAAACUGAGAAGAGACAGGAUAGUUGCUAUUUUAGAGGGUGUCAUCAAGGUCUACACGUUUACCCAAAAUCCAAUACCGCUUCAUGUAUUCGAAACCAAUCCAAACCCUCGAGGACUGUGUGUACUAUGUCCAAAUAGUGAUAACUCGCUUCUUGCUUUUCCGGGCAGAAAAAAUGGACAUGUUCAAAUAAUUGACUUGGCAAAUACUGAAAAGCAACCGUUAAACAUUGAAGCCCAUGAAACGCCGCUGUCAUGCAUUGCAUUGAAUCUCCAGGGGACUAGACUAGCUACGGCUUCAGAAAAAGGAACUCUCAUCCGUGUUUUUGAUACACAGACUGGGAAUAUGAUUAAUGAACUGCGACGUGGUGCCAAUCACGCGAAUAUUUACUGCAUAAAUUUCAAUCACGACUCGACAUGGCUGUGUGUAGCCAGUGAUCACGGAACAGUGCACGUAUUUGCGGUUGAAGAUCAAAAAUUAAACCGUCAAUCAAGCCUUGCCUCCGCUACAUUUCUGCCAAAAUACUUCAGCUCGAGCUGGAGUUUCUGCAAGUUUCAAGUACCAGGGGGUUGCCAAUGUAUGUGCGCCUUUGGCACGAAUAACAGUAUUAUAGUCAUUUGUGCAGAUGGUAGCUACUACAAAUUUGUGUUCAACCACAAAGGCGAGUGUACAAGAGAUUUUUACGCGCAAUUUCUCGACAUGACAGACGAAAAAAUGUGACCCGACUCGGAGUCCCAGAGCGACUGAAUAAAGAACAAUAUUGAAUUAUUUACAAAUAAAUUCACUCUGGAGUUUCUGCGCGGUCUGUCAAUUACCAGAAAUAAAGGUUUUCUUUUAUGAGCAUUGGAGCCAGUUUGCAAACGACACGGACGAGUCAAGGACGCAGUGAAGAGUGAAUAGAGUGAGAUUCUCGUAUUAUUCGCUGAAAUAAUAUCUUGUGUGCAGUUUAAUCACAGACUGUAAACUAGUUGAGAACUAGUGUCGUUGAGUAAGGAAUAAGAGGCCCUAUUGCCGAAUAUUCUGAGAGUGUACUGGUAACAGGAGUUGUAACGAUGCCCAUUAAUUAGGCAUAGAUUAUUGGGGGUAUGAGCCCCACCCAAAGUUUACAAACAAAUAGUCAUCGAUAUUACCAAAUUGAUUUUCACCCGGCUGAAGGACCUAAUCCCAGUGCAUAAUAAUUAAUUUAAUUUGAUCCGAUGAAAUUUUCGGAAUGUCUCGUAUUCUAUUAUCAAGGGGACACGGCAGAGAUAUUUAAUUGAAUUUUAUUUUUCUGACAGAAAUAAAUUGACUGAAAUAGUAGAUACCAUUGUUAAUUUACACGUCGGUUAUGCUGAGAAAGCAAGAAAACUUUUUAUUUUUAAAAAUCGACUUGCGUGUCCUCUUGAGCCUCAAAAUUUAUUUGCGCGACUAACGACGAAAUAGAAAAAACUUAGAGUCGUUCAAGCUUUAUUAAUAGUUUAAUCGCACACUCAUAA